AUGGAACCUUUAGGGUCGGAUGGCGACAGUCCGGGGUUGACGAUACCAUACGAGUCCGACACAGAUGAUGAUGGCGAUUUCUCACACGUUCACGACGAACACUUUCUCGAAUCCGGCUGGGGUGGAGAGUGCUUACAAGAUACAGAGGACAUCGAUUUCGAGUUUGUUUACGCCCUCCACACCUUUGUCGCUACUGUUGAAGGGCAGGCCAACGCGACAAAAGGCGACACCAUGGUUUUGCUCGACGACAGCAACAGCUACUGGUGGUUAGUGCGCGUCGUGAAAGACAGCAGCAUUGGCUACCUUCCCGCCGAACAUAUCGAGACGCCAACGGAGAGAUUGGCACGUUUGAAUAAACACCGAAACAUAGACCUAUCUGCGACUAUGCUUGGGGAUCAAGCUGACAAGCCCCGGAACGCCAUAAUGUCUGCGAUGAAACGAACGAAGCGAAAGACGGUCCAGUUUGCUGCUCCCACAUACGUUGAUUAUUCUGAUAUUGAUUACUCCACGGAAGAAGAAGACCUAGAAGCGGAAUAUUUCGGUCAGCAGCAACAGGCACAGAAAACGCAGCAGUCGAAUGUUCAGCAAAUAGAACCCGACACAGACCCCGAGGACGAGACAGCAAAGGUUGAGCCUCUCAAGCCCAGGCCACUGCAAACAAAGGACAGCAAAACGAGUGAAGACAGCGUAGGCCGACCCAAUAGCGAAGAAAUCUUCGAGUCAAAACCGAGCGAGGGGCCUAAGAAGUCCAGCGACGGAAAUGUUCGGGAUUCCUUCUUCAAGGACGAUGUUGAAACCAAGAAGAUCACCCUUACUCCUAACCUUCUCCGCGAUGAUAGCGGUACGAGGACAUCCAGUGAUUCAGUCCAGCUGAAGCAGCGUCCAAGCUUGGAUAAACUCGAGAAAGAUAGCCCGACCAAUAAAGACGACAAGAAGAGGAAGGAGAAGGAGAACUCGAAGAAGCCUAGUGCAAUCCGAAGCUUCUUCUCCCGAAAAGACAAGAGGAAGGGACACGAAGAUGAUGAGGCUCAUGGGAAAUCGUCUCAGGAUGCUGACGGCCACGAAAGGGAACAUGAGGAGGACGAGCGCAAUAUCCUUUCAUCGCCAGAGAGAGCACCAGCCCCGCAACGAAAUCCGAGCAAGCUGCAAAAGUCACAACCCACCAACGCAAAGCCCAUUGCUGGGAUACUCAAGGAUACCAGCAUGGAUGCGCCAAACUACAUGUCUGCUGGAAGAAUUAACAAUAAGGAGGCCCGCAAGAGCAAGGAGGGAAAGGGGGAACAGUCGCCAGAAACUUCCAGGAAGCAGGAGAGCGUGGGUCAAUCUCGGGAUGCUGGCGCUCAGCAGAUCACCCAGGCUCAACCCCGUUCAGAGAUGGACUUGGAUUCUGACGAAGAUGACAACACGAGUUCUGUACAACACCCACCAGCAAUGGCUCAAGAACCACAGAGGCAGCAAGAGCGGUCUGCGCCAAGUUCUCGCAACCCGUUCGCUGCCGCACAGCCUGCGGCUUCUAGUGUGGCACCGUCACAUCAGCACCAUGUUGAGCGCUUGUCUGAGUCUCCUGUACAUGUUUCACCUAUUCAAGCCGAUCACCGGACUUCGCCAACACCUCCUCUGAUGGCUGACUCGUCCAGCCAAGAGGAUCGAUCCUCGGAAAGACUUACGCCGUCACCAGAAUUGGUCGAGCAUGACGACGAUGGAGCGGAUGAUAAGGAUAUUGCUCCUCCUUCACCAAUUUCAGCUAGUACGCCCACCUGGAAUGAUGCUAGUCUUCGUGCCUUCUUCGACUCGGGAUCUGAAAUUCGGGAUAUGCUUGUUGUGGUCUACGACAAGUCGGAUGUUGAACCUGUUGGGCCAGAUCACCCCAUUGCCGGCUCUUUGUUCAAGGAGCAGAAUGCCAAGCUGGCGGAAAUCACGACGCAACUCGACAACAUGCUCGGUGACUGGCUAUCUCGCAAGCAGAGGCUGAGGGGUGUUGUUUGA